AUGGGAAUAGCUGCACCAGUACCAUUUUCUUCUUCUGUUAUUUACUUGAAGAAACACUAUAACCAAACCUUGAAAUAUUGUUCAAAUUCUAUGUCCUCACAAGAUUAUCAUCAGCAAGCCAUCUUCGGAUUCUCCUCGAAUGGAUUCGAGAGAUCGUUGCAGCAGCAGCAGCAGAUCCAGAGGGAGAAAAUGAGGUUGUUGCAAGGAUUUGAUUCAUCUGCAGCAGAAUCUUUAGAAGAAGAAAGAGGUGGUGGUGUGUAUGAAACAGCAAGUAUGUUAUCAGAGAUGUUUAAUUUCGCUGAUCCUUCAAGCACAGCUGAAUUAUUAGAAACCGCGAGGUUUCGAUCUUCGUCGUCUUCUUCAUCAAGACAUCAUCAUCAUCAACAGCAGCAACAACAACAAACAAUCUCAGGAAAUGAUAACUGGUAUGGUAAUAACAGACAAGGGAUGCAACAUCAGAUUUCGAGUAUUAAUGUAGCAGCUGAUUCAGCUGCUGCCAUGCAACUUUUUCUGACAAACCCUUCUCAAUCUCAUCAGACAACAACAUCAUCAUCAUCUCCUCCUCCCCCUCCUCAAAAUUCUUCAACUCUUCACAUGUUACUCCCAAACCCUCCCUCUAAUAAUUCUCUCCAUGGUUUUCCCAAUUCUGGUAAUAAUUUUGGACAUUUCACAUGGGGUGGUGAUUCUGUGGAAGCACAAGGACAAGGACAAAGACAAGGACAAGGACAAAGACAAGGUCAAGGUCUUUCGUUAUCGUUAUCUUCUUCAUUGGAAGCUGCAAAAGCUGAGGAGGAACUGAGAAUGGGAGGAGAAGAUAAUGGUUUUCUGUAUUACAAUAAUCAAGGUGUAGGUGGACCCUCUUCAUCCUAUCCGUACAAACUAAAUCAUCACGCACUGAAUUUACAAUUGCAAGGAGGAGGAGGAGGAGGAGGAGAAGGAGGGACCAGUAUUAAUGGAGGAUACCAAUUACAAACUCAUCAUCAAGGAGGAUUCGGAAGCGUAGUAGUAAAUGUUUUGAGAAAUUCAAAAUACAUGAAAGCCACACAAGAAUUGCUUCAAGAAUUUUGCAGUGUUGGAAGGGGUCAAUUUAUUAAGAAGAAGAUUAAGUUCAAUUCAAACCCUAAUAAUUCCUCCUCCAAUGCUUCUGGUGAUCCUAUAAUUCCUUCAUCUUCAUCAAAAGACAAUCCUCUUCCUUUGUCUGCUGCUGAUAAGAUUGAGCAUCAAAGAAGGAAGGUCAAACUUCUAUCCAUGCUUGAUGAGGUGGACAGAAGAUACAAUCACUAUUGUGAACAAAUGCAAGUGGUAGUGAACUCAUUCGACGUGAUGAUGGGUUUCGGAGCAGCAAUUCCAUACACAUCACUAGCACAGAAGGCAAUGUCUCGUCAUUUCCGGUGUCUAAAGGAUGCAAUAACAGCAGAGGUGAAGAAAAGUUGUGAGAUGCUUGGAGAGAAAGAAGGUGCAGGAGGAGGUUUAACGAAGGGAGAGACUCCUAGACUUAAGGCACUUGAACAAAGCCUAAGACAACAGAGAGUGUUUCAUCAGAUGGGGAUGAUGGAUCAAGAAGCUUGGAGACCACAAAGAGGCUUGCCUGAACGUUCUGUCAAUGUUUUGAGAGCUUGGCUUUUUGAGCAUUUUCUACACCCGUAUCCAAGUGAUGCAGAUAAGCAUCUAUUAGCACGACAAACUGGCCUAUCACGAAAUCAGGUAUCAAACUGGUUCAUAAAUGCCAGGGUUAGAUUGUGGAAACCUAUGGUGGAAGAGAUGUACCAACAAGAACUUAAUGAAGCAGAGUUUGCAGAAGAGAGAGAAAGAAACAACCAAAGCAACAACAGCAAUAGCAAUAGCAACGAUGGCCACCAAACACAGACAUCACCAACAUCAACAGCAACAGAUCAUCAGCCACCACCACAACCACAACCAACAAGAAAAAGAUCCGAUAUCAAUGCUCAUGAAAACGACUCUUCACUGCUUGCAAUCAAUAGACAGCAAGACUUCUCGGAAAACCAAGCAGUCCAAUCCACCUCCACCACCACCACAACCACCAUCAACGUCACCACCGCCUUGGCUCCACCCUUUGAUUCAGCUCUGUCCCCACACAGAUCGAUGGUCAUGGAUGACACGUGUCGGUAUGGAAGCUUAGUUGCAGAAGAUUAUGAGACAGCAGCCGAUGUUAAUGCUGACAUUGGAUCAUCAACUCUUAUCAGAUUUGGGCCCACUAAUGGUGACGUAGAUUUUGGAAGCAUUUAA